CACUCCGGGGCUUUGUGCGAGCCCGGGCGAUAGCAUUGGCGGCAGCUGGAGGAGGAGCGGCCGGAGACGGCGUGCAGCCCGCCCGCCCGCCAGCGCCCGGCAGCCGGGGCAGGUGGGAGCCCGCGCGGGAGCCGAGGAGACGCGAGCCGGAGCCGAGUCCGAGCGCAGCCCGGGCGGAGUCCAGGAGCCUUACUCGCGGACUGCCCGUGGGCGGCAGCCGGGCGGGGCGGGCGCCUGCGGGGCGGCCCCCCAGUAAGAUGUGCGCGGCGCCGCGGGGUGCCCCCCACUCGCAGCGGCGCUCGGGAGCCGGGCAGCUGGGCCAGGCGGCGCCUCGGGGGCUGCUGCGCGCCCGCGCCUAGAGCUGCCGCCCCAGGGAGCCCGCCACGGCCGCGCCCCGGGCACGCUCGGCGGCGCCCAACGAUGACCGCUCCCUGGCGGCGCCUCCGGACUCUGGUUUGGGAAUACUGGGCCGGGCUCCUCAUGUGCGCCUUCUGGAUCCCGGACUCGCGCGGGAUGCCCCACGUCAUCCGGAUCGGAGGAAUCUUUGAGUAUGCAGAUGGCCCCAAUGCCCAGGUUAUGAACGCCGAGGAGCAUGCCUUUCGAUUUUCUGCGAACAUCAUCAACAGGAACAGGACUCUGCUGCCCAACACAACCUUGACCUAUGACAUCCAAAGGAUUCACUUCCAUGACAGCUUCGAGGCCACCAAGAAGGCCUGUGACCAGCUGGCACUGGGUGUGGUGGCGAUCUUCGGGCCGUCACAGGGCUCCUGCACCAAUGCUGUCCAGUCCAUCUGCAAUGCCCUGGAGGUGCCCCACAUCCAGCUGCGCUGGAAGCACCACCCGCUGGACAACAAGGACACCUUCUACGUGAACCUCUACCCGGAUUACGCCUCUCUCAGCCAUGCCAUCCUCGACCUGGUCCAGUACCUCAAGUGGCGGUCAGCCACCGUGGUCUAUGACGACAGUACAGGGCUCAUCCGACUGCAAGAGCUCAUCAUGGCCCCAUCGAGAUACAACAUCCGCCUGAAGAUCCGCCAGCUUCCCCUGGACUCCGAUGACUCGCGCCCCCUGCUUAAGGAGAUGAAGCGAGGCCGGGAAUUCCGCAUUAUCUUCGACUGCAGCCACAUCAUGGCUGCCCAGAUCCUCAAGCAGGCCAUGGCCAUGGGUAUGAUGACCGAGUACUACCACUUCAUCUUCACCACGCUGGAUCUUUAUGCGUUAGACCUGGAGCCCUACCGCUACUCAGGGGUGAACCUGACGGGGUUCCGGAUCCUCAAUGUGGACAACCCCCACGUCUCGGCCAUCGUGGAGAAGUGGUCCAUGGAGCGGCUGCAGGCAGCUCCCCGGGCAGAGUCUGGCCUGCUGGACGGAGUGAUGAUGACUGACGCAGCCUUACUGUACGACGCCGUCCACAUCGUGUCUGUGUGCUACCAGCGGGCACCCCAGAUGACCGUGAACUCCCUGCAGUGCCACCGGCAUAAGGCUUGGCGCUUUGGUGGCCGCUUCAUGAACUUCAUCAAGGAGGCUCAAUGGGAAGGAUUAACUGGACGGAUUGUUUUCAACAAAACCAGUGGCUUACGGACGGAUUUCGAUCUGGACAUCAUCAGCCUGAAGGAGGAUGGCCUGGAGAAGGUUGGGGUUUGGAGUCCUGCCGAGGGGCUCAACAUCACAGAGGUCACAAAAGGCCGAGGCCCGAACGUCACUGACUCUCUGACAAACAGGUCACUCAUCGUCACUACCGUGCUGGAGGAGCCCUUUGUCAUGUUCCGGAAGUCCGACAGGACCCUGUUUGGGAACGACCGGUUUGAGGGCUACUGCAUCGACCUGCUCAAGGAGCUGGCCCACAUCCUGGGCUUCUCCUAUGAGAUCAGGCUGGUAGAGGACGGGAAGUACGGGGCGCAGGACGACAAGGGCCAGUGGAAUGGCAUGAUCAAGGAGCUCAUCGACCAUAAGGCAGAUCUGGCUGUGGCCCCACUGACCAUCACCCAUGUCCGCGAGAAGGCCAUCGACUUCUCCAAGCCCUUCAUGACCCUCGGAGUGAGCAUCCUGUACCGCAAGCCCAACGGCACCAACCCCAGCGUCUUCUCCUUCCUCAACCCCUUGUCCCCAGACAUCUGGAUGUAUGUGCUCCUUGCCUACCUGGGCGUCAGUUGUGUCCUCUUUGUCAUUGCCAGGUUCAGCCCUUACGAAUGGUAUGACGCUCACCCCUGCAACCCUGGCUCCGAGGUGGUAGAAAACAACUUCACUCUGUUUAACAGCUUCUGGUUCGGAAUGGGAUCCUUGAUGCAGCAAGGGUCUGAGCUGAUGCCCAAAGCCCUGUCCACGCGCAUCAUUGGUGGCAUCUGGUGGUUCUUCACGCUCAUCAUCAUCUCCUCCUACACGGCCAACCUGGCUGCCUUUCUGACCGUGGAGCGCAUGGAAUCGCCCAUUGACUCUGCUGAUGACCUGGCCAAGCAAACUAAAAUCGAGUAUGGGGCUGUCAAAGAUGGGGCCACCAUGACCUUCUUCAAGAAAUCCAAGAUUUCCACCUUCGAGAAGAUGUGGGCUUUCAUGAGCAGCAAGCCCUCGGCACUGGUGAAGAACAACGAGGAGGGGAUCCAGAGGACCCUGACAGCGGACUACGCGCUGCUCAUGGAGUCCACGACCAUCGAGUAUGUCACCCAGAGGAACUGCAACCUUACCCAGAUCGGGGGCCUCAUUGACUCCAAGGGCUACGGCAUUGGCACGCCCAUGGGCUCCCCAUACCGGGACAAGGUCACCAUCGCCAUCCUGCAGCUGCAGGAGGAGGACAAGCUGCACAUCAUGAAGGAGAAGUGGUGGCGUGGCAGCGGGUGUCCUGAGGAGGAAAACAAGGAGGCCAGUGCCCUGGGUAUCCAGAAGAUCGGGGGCAUCUUCAUCGUCCUGGCCGCAGGGCUGGUCCUGUCUGUGCUCGUGGCAGUGGGCGAGUUUGUGUACAAGCUCCGCAAAACAGCAGAGCGAGAACAGCGCUCCUUCUGCAGCACCGUGGCCAACGAGAUCCGUUUCUCCCUCACCUGCCAGCGUCGGGUCAAGCACAAGCCACAGCCUCCCAUGAUGGUCAAGACUGACGCCGUCAUCAACAUGCACACGUUCAAUGAUCGCCGGCUCCCAGGCAAGGACAGCAUGGCCUGUAGCACACCACUGGCCCCUGUGUUCCCCUAGGCACUGGUGGGGUGGGGACCAUAGGCCUGGGCGUUGGGCAGAGGAAAGGAGACUGGAAGGAAGGUCCCUGUGCCCACACUGGGCAUGGGGACCAGAGCCGCUGCCUGCCCACUGGGCCAGGAGCCCUCUACCCUUACCUCCCAGGACACCAGCAGGCCUCCAGGCCAGCUGUUUGGGCUUCUCUCUCCUCUUGUUUCUUCUAUGGGUUUUUAAGCUGCCAGCCAAGACAGCCAAGGCCAAAGGAAGCACAUGCCUCUCUCAGGCCAAACUCACCUGUCCCUCAACUCUCUUCUAUGGUCUGAAAUUUCUACCAUGGCCCCGCAGAGGCCAAAGAAAAUGGGGAACAGUUUCUCAUCACCGCUCCUUCCCCACAAGCCUAGGCCUGCUGGCGCUUGACCAUGAGACCAGAGCCUCAAGCCUUGGGCACCUUAUGGACUGUGGUGUGGCCGCCGAUGGGGGGCCGAAGAUGGGGGGGGGGGCCAGCCCACGUGCCUGGGCAGAAGGAAGAGUUUCUCCCUCGGAGCUGCUCACGGGGUUCCGGUCUCCUGAACUUGGCACCACCCACGGCAGCCCCUGUUUUGGCAAAGCUGAAGGCAGAUUUCCCCAUAGGGAUAAAGAGGCAUUUGGGGUAUAGGAGACAGGAGAACGCACAGAGGCCACCAUCUGAUUUCUUACGGACAGUGUCCCAGGGGCUCCCACGCCUCUGGGAAGGGUCUAGGAGGAUCAAGUGGCAGAGUGGUCAGAGUGAAUGCUUCACUUUCUGACCGGAAGAGAGAGGGUCCCCUGAGUCUCUCACAAACGAUGCCAGGAAACAAUGUUCGAAAACCCAGAUGAACAGUAAAUUCCAUGGAAAUCCUACAGGCCCUUAAGCCAUGGGAUCUCACUUUGCUGGUUACCAAGCUGUUUCUAAACCCUGGUGGCAUUUAGGAGCUUGGGCUCUCUGCCACCUAUUCAUCAGCAACUAUUCCUGGCCAGUUGGCCUUGACCUCCUACCAUCAUCCUGGAUGGAGAAGAGAAACCCAGGUGGAACUGGAAGUCCUCACCCAUCCUCAAAAGAGAGGCCCAGAUCCUACUGCACAGGCUGAUUUGGACUAGAUGAGGAAGGCAGAGGGGCCUAGAGAACUCCCAGCCUCCUGGACUAGCCAAAUAUAAGAUGUGCCCCAGAAAAAAAUGUUCAGGGGACAGGAUCUCAUAGCUGGUAGAGGCCCCAAAGAUGGGGAAAGAGAAGCUGCCUCCUGGAGAAUUAACCAAAGACCCCACACAGACACACAGGCCAUCCUGGCCCUUGGUUUUUUGUCCAGAGCAGCUGGGACCUUGUGGGGCUUGGGGGUACAGUAGAGAACUAGCAGCAGAUGGGGUACCAGUCAGGGGUGGGCAGGUGAUCUGUGGGUCCCAGCUAUCUGUGACAGAUGCUCCAGAGGUCUGCAAAUCUAAGAUUCCGGGAAAAGAAUGAGACAAGGAAGGGUUAAGUGUCCUUAAAGAGAAAGUUAUGCAGGCAGCUGGGCUUACCAUGGACUAGGGCAGAGAGCAGUCUGAGAGCAGAGGAGGCAGAGCUAGAGAUUCUGGACAGGGAUCCAGGAGACACCGGCUACCCACCUCCCACCUCUCUCCUGUUUCUGCCUGAGAAGCCUGGUUAGGGAAGAGCUGCUACAUUUAAAUCUCAAAGACCUUGUCAGCUAGGAUGAAGGUUAAUCUCUAACUCCCCCAGGGACUCCCAAAGCAGGGGAAUACAGUGGGCUUACAGGAUGAAUGCUGUCCCUCCUCCAAACUGCAAGCUGCAGGACCAAACCGGCUGGUUCCUGGAAUCACAGCAGCUCCAACAGGCCAGGUGCCCUGGAGGCGAAACAGGCUGGACGUGCAGUGUAGCCAACACAUGUAAUGACACGAAAAGCCAUGCAGUCAUGAGCUUCUGGGUGUGUGGGUGUGCCUGUGUGUAUUUUUGUAUGUGUGAGCUUUGGGGACUGGGGGUGAAGGACAGAUUUGGACCAGAAUCCAGGCAUGCAAUAAUAGGAGAAUCCUUUGGAUUCUGAUGUGUGUGUGUGUGUGUGUGUGUGCGCGUGUGUGUGUGUGUGUGCACGUGCACACAUGUGAGUGAAUUUGGGAUGAGGGAGAGAAAUCUAGGCAAACAGAGCCCCCCAUGUAUGUAAAAACAGGAGAAGCCAUGUCUUAAUGGGGUUCUGAUGAGUAUACAAUGUAUCCCUGCAUGCAUGAGUGUGUAUACUCGUGUGUGUGUGUGUGUGUGUGCGUGUGCAUAUUUGUGCACCAACAGCAAAGGGUGGAAGACAGGAUAAAGCCUGCAGCAUUGCCAAAUAUGUUUAAAAGGAGAAGCCAUGUCAUCAAGGGGUUCCGUGUAAGCCUAUGUGCACCUGCGUGUAUGGGCUUGUGUGUGCAACAGAGUGGGAGGGAGCAUGAACCAGACAGCUGCGCAGAUGGGUCCAUGCAUGCUGUGUGCAAGAAGCCACGUGCAACUGGACUUUGUGAGUGUGGGUGUGAGUAUGCACACACACAUGUUCAAACUCACAUGUAUGUUCCAGCUCCCAGCAGGAGCAGAGAUGGACAAUCAGGAAGGCAGGGAACCAGGAUCCAUUUGCACUUCUGUCAUGGGGAGAGGUUAUUUGUCAGAAAGAUUUCCCAAGAUUAUAUUGGCACAGGCACAGGGAGACUGGCCGAGUGGGAAAAACCCUUCAGGGCCUCAUGGCUGGUGACUCCUUUGCCCCAUGUGGAUGGAGCGUCCUGUUUGAAGGGAAAACUUUUUUUUUUUUGCCUUUCCCGGAUGACAGCACUCUAAUGAAGGCAUUUGCCAAUUUGUUCACACCAACCACGAUAAUUAACCACUGUCUUUUUUAUCCAAUAUAAUUUCACAGCACACAUCCACAUCCAUGCUCAUAACACACACAAACACACACGUGUGUGUGUGCUUUUGUGCAUGACACUCCCUGAAGGCGGCAUGUUCUUCUGAGGCUGCGCACAUACACAGAGUGAUGGAGGAAGAAACGCAAGGGGCUUGGGGUAGGAGGGUUUCCUCAGUGGAAUGAAGAUGGCAGCUAUCAGAGGCACGAUUCGAUUAGGGAAAUCCUCUGAAAGGUACUGAAAUGAUUUCAGAAUCCUAAACCAAGGCAGGAUGACCCCUGCCUGAUGUCCCCUCCCAUUUGUACCUUAUAUCCAAAUGUGUGGCUAAUGUUCACCCUCUGGCUGAUGUCCUGUGUUUUCUUCGAGACCAGCCCAGUGUUCAAAGUACAAUGGAGACAUGUGAGCUGCACCUCUCCCAGGUUCCUGAAGGCACCAGGUGCCAUGGCAUCUUGGCAGGGGAGAAAGGGAGAAGGUGUCCCAUCAAGGUGGACCAAAUGGAAUUAAAGUUUAGGCCACCCUGCUGGCAGGUGUAGAGGGUGCACGUGGGCCAGUGGCUGGGAGUGAUGGGAAAAGGAGAAGCUGGUUUGGAUGUGGCAGAAGAAGGGAAUUGCCUAAGCCUGCUGGACUAUCCCUGUCUGGCCCCACAUGCCCGCUUAACAGAAGAUCGAUCACCCCUACCUUCCACAUCCAUUUCCCACCCCAAAAUGCCAGCACCUCCUCUCAACCUGCUCAAACUGCCCAAAGUGAGGGGCAGCUGUGAAGAGACAAGGCCCUGGGCUUUUGGACAAUGAACCCUCCUUAUCCCUCUCCCCUGGACCUAUUCCUGGCCUCUCUGCCAGUGGACGGGUAAGAAAACCCCACGAAUUUUGUCCAUUCAGGCGGCCCCGCUCUAUGAAUAUCUCCCUAGAGGCAUAAUGCCUCCUUGUUCGAUGAGCUGACUAUGAAUCUCUGAAGGUGGGAGGCCUCCCCAGCUCAAGCCAAGACUGCCUCAACUAGAAGAGCACACCUAGCUCCUUUCCAAGUGCCCCAGCGCUGGCAGAAGGCCCAGGAUAGGGGAGAUUCCGGCAGUGCUGGGGGGAGUUCCCAAAUGCUUAGAAGUCGCUCCCACUCCUUAAACUCGAGGAAGGCAGGAGUCGGACCCAGGCACACACUCGCCAACAGCGGCUGGGGCUCCCACCUUGUCUUCUCCCUAGGGUGCUGCUUGGGGCUUUGCAUCUGCUUCUUUGUCACUCUGCAUGAAGCUGAUCCAUCCUCAGCCCACCCCAAGCCAUUCCUAGCUGUAUGCACAAACGUCUGGGAAGGGCCUAGCAACCUGGACAAACAGCUGUAUGGACUUAACAUCUGGGAUGGGCUAGUCCCAUGGACACAGGCAAGAAAUGAGCCCAACUCUGUAGAUAGGUCUCUGGAAUAGACGCACCUGGAACAGCCUUCCGAGUCGAGUGGACACAUCUGGAAUGCACCCAGCUGUUUGCUGCAGUGGAAGGACCUGCCCUCUGUCCCCACGCCAGUUUGAAUCAAGCCCUCAUUUCAGUCCUGGAUUUUCCCUGGAGUUAAAAUUUCAGAGCUGAGGCCAUCCAUGAAGUCACAAAACUGUUUUUGGUAGAAGGUUAAUGUUCUGUAUAAUAUAUAUAUGAAUGUAAAAAGAUAUAUAUAUAUAUGCUGUAUAUAUAUAUAUAUAUAUAUAUAUAUAUAUAUGCACAGUGUAUAUAUGACCUGUAGCCCAUGUGUAUAUGCACCCUCCCCGCACGUCUGCACACAGAGUGUACAUAACCCAGCCAGUGUGGGUGGGGACCAGGUGAGAGAUGGGGGCUACAGCAGCAAAGUCUAGGACAGAGGCCACCCAGAGCAGGGGCUGCAGAGAGCCCCACGGGGACAGAGAAGGCCCUGCAGGCAUCGGAGCUCCAGACCCUGUGAAGAGGGCAGAACUAUAGGGGCUGGUGGUUAGGUCCUACACAGCCAUUGCAUCCUAGAGAUGGGCAGGAGCAGCCACUGGGCCUUGUCCGCAUCUGAGACAGUCUGAGGCAGGACCGUGGGGCUGUGUCUGGGUGGAAGUGUCAUGCCAGUCUCGGCUCUCGAGACGGGCCCUAAUACCUGUCUGCACAGUUGCUAAAUAGGUGUCAGUCUGCUUGGAAUACCCUACAAGGCUGGACUAUUCUAGAGCACGCUGGCCUAUGCCUCAGAGUCUCACCCACGCACAAAGGCUCAGCUCAUGGCUAGGGGAAACAUUUCUUAAAGUGAAUGGCCUCAAGGGCAUUGCCAGCAUGCCAGUAUGAUGUCCCAAUGCCCUAGUUCUUAAGCCUGCCCCAUCCCCUGCCUUCUAGAACAGAAGACCUCAAAUCACCCUCCAGUGUGUCUCUUUUAUAGAUCAAAACUCUGAGGCCUCCACAUGAUAGGGAUGCAGCUGCAGAGCCCGUAAUGCCAGCCAAGAGUUUGUCCCACCUCAGACAACCUCCCCUGACCCAUUUGACUGAGACCAGCUGUCAGGGAGUGACCAAGGAGCCAGAGAUGUCACACGGGGUGAAAGAUGAGGCCAAGGCCCCUCCUGUCUGAGCAUAGCCCAUGCCAUCUGUCUGCCUUCUCUCCACUGCAUCUCCCCAGCAGGGCAGUUGGCAGGGAUCCCAGCCCCCUGCCAAGUACCCACAGACCUCCACCCUGCCCCACCCGAUCCUUCUAUCCUUGGCAAUUCUAAUCCUUUAGCUAGUGGUCCUGCCUCUGUCAUGGAUCAGAGCAUCUCUGGAGCAUGCAAGAGAGAAGAGAGCUGGAGUGGACAUCUAUGUGGUCAGCAGCCUGCCCUCUGCUUUGGUCCCAGGCAUCAGGCUGGUCUGCACUUAACUCUACAUCUGCCUCUGAGGCCCCAGCCAGAGCACAUCUGGGCUCAGCCCCCCAAGGAGGAGCCCGUUCUGGCUCCAGAACAGGAGCCAGAGGCUCCAGGGCCCUCAUGCCACUGUGUUCCAAACCCCCAGUGCAUCUCUUCCUGGGCCAACUUCCUGGCUGGGCCUCCCAUGAUGGGGACUUGGGUUCCCAGCCCCUGGGCUGAGCCCCCAGACAGUACCAUGCAAGACCCCUGGCCUGUCCUACCACCCAGACCAGAGUGCCUGGAUGCCCCCUACCCCCACUCAACAUGGUUCACACACACUGGUCUCUGGGCCAUUCAGGGGAUGCCCUUUGUGGACAUGCAGAAUUUCUAUGAAUAUAGUUUUUUGUAAACAUUUUGUAACAAUUUGGGUUUCAUAGUAACUGUGUUACUUGCCAAUCAUUCUAGGCUGAUGUAAAUAAAUUUCCAAACAAAUCUGAUUAUUUUCCUUUUUAAGACACUGUGAUAUAUCAAAGUGCACAGUUUGCUGUAUGAAGUAAUAUGGUUUUAAAUUUUAAAUAAAGAAAUGUUUCUA